UAGCUUAUUACAAAGCUCAUCGAGAUGAGGCAUCAGCUUUAUGAGACCACCUUUAUCAUAUUAUAUGAAAAUCAUAGUUAAUAAUCUUGGAUAUCAGAAACUGUAGUAUGGUUUGAUACAAUAUUGAAUAUCGUAUGAUACAUUAUCAUGGGAUACAAUAAUAUAUUAUGUAAUACAAUAUCAUAUUAUACAAUAAUAUCUCAUAUGAUACAAUAUACAAGUAAUACAUUAUAAUAUUAUAUAAUACAAUAUAAAAACAUAUCAUAUCCAAGUCUUUCAAGUCCCUAAGUAGCAUCCGUGCAAGUUUGGUGAAGAUAGUAAUAACUUAGAUACAGGACCUAGUGCACCAAAAACUUGAAUCAGGUCUGGACGCUGACGCCAACGCCGGGGUAUAGCAUAAGCUCCCCCAGACUUUGUCUCGGUGAGCUAAAUACACUUGCCCAUGAUAUUAUUUGAAAACUGUUUCUAUAGAUGAUUUUUGAAGGAUAGUGCACAAUAAUAGACAAAAAUCAACAUCAAAAAAUAUCAUGUGAGGCUGAGUGACUCAGGUACAUGUAGCUUAAUAAAUACAAAUGGGUAGUAGAAUAUUUUUUAACAUCAUUAGGGAUAAGUGUGAAAACACUGAAAAAGAAGGUUGUUGUCGACCCUGUGGAAAUGGUGGUGGAGGAUCUUCAGGCAGCUCCUCCUGUACCUGUUCCUAAGAAGAAACGUGGUCCCUGUAGAAAGCUUGAUGACUUCGAUGCAGAUUUGGUGAAGAGGACCAUUCAUGAUAUGCAGUUGAAGGGCCAGUACGUUUCACUUCGUCGACUGUCAGAUGUACUAGUAGAAAAGGGAGUCAGGAUCACCAAGUCUCCAUUGGGGAGACUUGUGAAGGAUCUUGGGUUCAGAUUCUACAAAACUCGUUCCAACCAACGCUACAUUGGAGACAGGAACGAUAUCGUAAGUAUGCGACAUACUUACCUGAGGUCCAUUAGGAAGUUUAGAGAGGAGGGUCGUCCUAUUGUGUAUUUGGAUGAGACUUGGUUGAACACCAAUCAUGUAGCGAGGGGAGAUUGGGUGGACUGUCCUAGGACAUCUACCUCUGCCUUUGAGUCGCAUCGUGGAGGUCAUGGGCGUUUUGUCCCAUCUGGGAAAGGCUCUCGUCUGAUAAUUGUGGAUGCAGGUUCUUCGACUGUGGGUAUGAUCCCGGGAUCUGCUCUCAUUUUUGAGUCGAAAACAGGCAACCAGGAUUAUCAUGACGAGAUGAACUCAGAAAACUUUACGAAGUGGUUCACUGAGCAGUUGCUCCCUAACCUACCGACCAAUUCAGUCGUAGUGAUGGAUAAUGCUUCCUAUCACAGUCAUCUGGAUCCUGAGUCUAAGUGUCCGACUUCGUCGGCAUCGAAGGCCGAGAUCCAGUCUUGGCUUGAUAGAAAGGGUAUUCAUUACACUCCGGGAAUGAUCAAGGCUGAAUUGAUCACAUUGGUGAAGCAACAUAAACCUCGUCCUAAAUAUGUAAUAGACGAUUUGGCUUCGAAAGCAGGUCACACAGUUUUGCGUCUACCUCCCUAUCACUGUGAGCUUAAUCCUAUUGAGUUGGUCUGGGCUGAAUUAAAAAGUUUCGUCGCCAGGAGCAAUGUCACAUUCAAGAAAGAGAAAGUGAAGGAACUCUUUAAUCAGGCUAGAUCAACUUAUGGGGUUGAGAAGUGGCGUAAGGUGGAGAGUCACGUGAUAAGAGAGGUCGAAGAAAAACUGUGGAAACUCGACGGAGUCCAGGAUGAGGAGGUUGCUCCUGUGGUCAUAGACUUGACGGACUCGGAACACAGUGACAGUGACAUGGACACAGAUUCUGGUGAUGACGAAAAUGACUCUGACUCUGACGAAUCCAUGGGCUUCAUUGAGGAGUCUGACGACGAAGUCACUUGUUGCAUAUGUGGUGAUUACAAUGCUCCUGGAAAGUCUCGAAAGAUUGUAUGGGUUGAGUGUGAAGUGUGUAAGAGGUGGAGUCACCGCAUAUGUACCAAGCCCUCUCUAAAGUCAGGUAAGUGUGUCCAAUGUUGGAACGCUUUGUAUGGUCUGAAUCCAGCUCCUUCAUGA